UCAUUCAUAUGAUUGGCACUGUAUUGGUAAAGCCUAUUUAUUUCGAUAACUGAUAAUAACUUUGUAUGAUCAAACAUAACAAUUGUAUAUAACAAAAUAAAGUAAAUUAAUUACGGAAUGAAUUUGGACGUACUCAACAAUGAUUGUUGGUUGGCGAUAAUCAAGUACUUGGAUCUUACGGACCAAUUUGCGCUAUAUGACGCCAUCCAAGGCGUUUCAUAUUGCUUGCACUCAAGUAUGGUCUAUGUCUGGCGACAUCAAAUUUCCUGCAAACUAACUGAAGAAAACUUUAAACAGUUUAAAGAGUCGCUGGAGAUGUUGGAUAUUUUCUUAGCCAGCAUUAGUCCAACAGUGCAAAAGUUACAUCUCAAGUUUGUCACAAUGGAUUUUCUCAAACGAGAGCAAAAUUUCACAUUUCCCAGCAUGAAGAUUUUGGAGUAUUCAUUCAAUGGCGGCAAUUUGCAUUAUGGUGACUAUGAAGAAGCAAUUGAUAUAAUGACAAAGAUCUUUUGCCCCAAAGAGAUCGCCAAGUAUCAGCGACUGGAAGAGCUGACAUUUAUUUACGAUGAUAUAUUAGCAAUGAAGUUGCGUCAGCUGGCUAAUUAUAAUACAAAUAAACGCCAUGAUAUCUUAGUGGAGCUACUAAGGAACCGUAGCAAGGACAUUCGGAGAAUUACGUUUAAAGAAAGCAUCAGUCAAUAUAACAUGUGCACAUUGAAAAAACCGACCAACUUGGGCCAAUUGACUUUGGUUGAAUAUUGUGGGAUCAAUGACGAAAAUCUGCUAAAGCUGAUUGCGAAUUUAAAGUACUUAGAGCAACUGGAUUUCAUCGACUAUAAUAUGAAGAUUAGUGAGUUAUUGCUGUGGCAAAUUGUUCUAACUUGUCCAACACUAAAGAUUCUGACUUUAUCGAGCGUACUGAUGAAUUUUGAAUAUGGCUAUAUUUACAUGGAGGACGCACUGGACAAUCGCUCGUUGCCCUUAACGCUGCAUUGGGACAACACGGAUGCAAAUGAAGAGCUGAUUCGUCAUCACUUCAACCAUCCAAAACUAAAGCACUCUUUUUUCCCAGUUAAAAUCGGAUUUAUUCAGUUGCAAUAUGAUACAAAUUCAUUUAGGGCCUUUGCAGUCCUAGUAAAGUAAUUUAUAAUGUCUAAGCUUUUUUAGUCACCAAAGCUAAGACAAGAGUCAUUUAAUAGAUAUAAAAUAUUGGUAUUUCACAUUUCACAUUCACACACUAUCAAUAUUGAACCAGGGCUAACAAUCUGUAUGAUUCAUAUUAUGGCACGUUACAAGUUAUCGUUAUCGAUAACAAGUAAUAUUUGUUUUAUCAGACGUUAUUUAGAUGUUAACGAAUUUGUUGAUUAAUUAAAUACGCAAUGAAUUUGGACGCAGUAAAUGAUGAUUGCUUGAUGACGAUAAUUAAGUACUUUAAUCUUAAAUCAACUGUCGCUAUAUGAAGCCAAAGGCCAUUCAAAUCGCUUGAGCUCAAAUGUGUUCUUUGCCAGGGAGCAUGAGCUUUGCCUUGAACUGAAUCCAGAGCACUUUCUGAAGUUUGAAGACAAUGUUGGACAUAUUUCCGUCCAGCACCAGUGCAACAAUGCAGGAAUUGAAACUAGAAUAGGUUACAGAGCUGUUCCUCAAACGCUGGCAGAAUUUCACAUUUCCGAACAUGAAAACACCGGAAUACACAUUAAGUAGCUGCGAUUGGAAAUAUGGUGCUGACGAAGCAAUAGAAAUAAUGAUAAAGCUCUUUCCUGGACUUCGCUGUGUAAAGACUCAUGAUGUGUCUCGUUAUGAUCGGCUGCAGAAAUGGUCGCAGUUGCGCAAACGCGUUGAACGAAUGGUGUGAGAAUCUUAAUGGACAUGAGUGACCUGAAAUCAGCUGUUGGAAGAGGUGACACUGGCGUGUGACAUUGGUCUGACAUUUAUGAUACGCUCAUGGCGUUGCCCAAGCUGCAUACACUUUCUUAUUAUGUGUAUAAUCGUGAUGACAUUUUGGGCGUAUUGCUAAAGAAGCGUGGCAGCGACAUAUAUAAGAUUACCUUUCACGAUUGCAUCGGGAAAUACAGCAUGACCACAUUGUGCAAACUGAUCUACUUGUGCCAAUUGGUAUUGUUGGAAGACGAUUGUUUUGCAGGCGAAAAACUACGCCAACUGAUUACAGAUUUAGGGCCUUGCACCGACUGAAUAUCAUCGACCAUCGGGUGAUGUUGAAUGAAGCAGAGUUGUGACAAACUGUUGCCAGCUGCCCAUCGCUAUAGAUCCUGAAUAUAUCAGGCAUUCAGUUGCACUAUGAUUUCGUUGUCAGUCCGUAGCAUUGUAUUUCCACAACACAGAUGAAAGCGAAAAACUGAUACAUACAGCGUCAUUUCAAGCAUCCAAACCUGAGGUUUUCUUUUAUGCCUUUAGAACCGGAGAAUAUCCUGGAAUAUCCUGCGAGUGCAUUUGAAACCGUUGGACCCAUCCUAAAUUCCGUAA